AUGCCAAUCAUGACAACAAACAAGACCUUCAAUGAGUCCGAUGCAGGAUUUGAGGUAGAGGAGCAAUGCUUCCCAGGAGGAUUCGAGGGACCAGAGAAGAAGCUCGACAUUCGUUUCCAUCCAAUUAACAAGACUGGAAAGUCUCAACCAUCUCGUUUGGGACUCCGAACACUCAACAAGGAGAGAUGGCAGUCCGUCUUGGACUCUGCCCGUUGCACUAUCAUCAGCCAGACCAGCAACGACUUUAUGGACUCGUACGUGCUCUCAGAGUCAUCGCUGUUUGUUUACCCACGCCGUGUCAUGGUCAAGACCUGCGGCACCACCACUUUGCUUCACCUCGUCGAUAAGAUGGUCGAGGUUGGCAGAGAGUGUGGCCUGGAGAUUGAGAUGGUUCUCUUCUCGCGUAAGAACCUCAACAACCCCCACAAGCAGGUGUUCCCUCACUGCUCUUUCGACGACGAGGUCAAGUACCUCAACAAGACCUUCAACGGACAGGCCUACGUGAUGGGCCCCCUCACCAAGGACCAUUGGAACCUCUACAUUGCUGACAUGCGACAGGGCAACACUUUGCAGCGCACCGAGCAGACAUUCGAGGUGAUGAUGCACGAUCUCGACCAGGAGGUCAUGAAGCAGUUCUUCAAGCGCGAGGGCGUCACUGCUUGGGACACCACCGUCAGCAGCGGCAUCGCCAACCUUAUCCCUGGAUCCAUCAUUGACGACUUCCAGUUUGAGCCAUGCGGCUACUCGAUGAACGGCCUGCGCAACAAGGCUUACUGGACCAUCCACAUUACCCCCGAGGACCACUGCUCCUACGUCUCGUUUGACACCAACCUCGCCGUCGCCGACUACAACCAGCUUCUCCAGGACGUCCUGGCCGUGUUCAAGCCCGGCCGCUUCACUGCCGCCCUCUACUGUGAGGAUGGUGCACCAUGCGGUGACCCAUACUCUGCGUUCAACAUUGACAUGCCCGAGUUUGCCAUGACCAACAAGACAAUCCACGGCUUUGACGGUGGCUACGAUGUGGUCGUGUGCAACUUUGACCGACAGAAUGUCCUAUCCAAGUCCAUUGACGGUCCAACUGGUGCAGCCCAGCUCAUUGAGUCAAACAAUGUUGAUUGUAACUUCAUUGUUGCUUGA